AUGUUGAACGCGAACAACGCGAUUAACGAGGAGGAUAUUGAGGACCCGUCGGACCACAUAUUUGAAAGAUUCUUCGAGAAAUCGUCGUCCGAUGCCGAGAAAAAGAGCGCUUUGCAGGAGCUCAAAUCUUUAUCGUUUCAGGCGGAUAAAGUGCGUUGGAUAACACGACACGCGAGGUUUUCUUCGCUGAUUAAAGCGUGCUGCGUGGACGAAAAAUACAACGAAGACGUGUCGAUUGUCGUGGCGAACUGUUCUGGGGAUCAGGCGAAGAAAGGGAGACGAGAGGUGUAUCAAUUUGGAGGGAAGUUCGAAGUUGCGCUCGAUACCGUUGAUUUUCAAGACGGCGGGUUGGGAUGUUACGUGUACGAGUCAGAAAAGCGUAUGUGCGAAUGGUUUUUAGAGACGCGCGGAGAAGAGACGAAAAGAGAUUCAUUUAGAGGGAAGAGGGUGCUAGAGCUCGGGGCAGGGUGUGGUUUGCUCGGUUUGUUCUUAGCUAAGCAAGAAGAGGAAGUUUUAGAUGGCAUCGUGGUGACUGAAUACGUUCCGUCUUUAUUGAACGUCCUCGAAGCGAACGGCAAGUUGAACGGGUUAUCCAAUCGAGAAAGGUUUAUAGUGAAGAGAUUGUUGUGGGAAGAGGCAUGCGGAAUGGAUGAACGAGAGGACGGGAGCAUCGCUGACGGUUCACUUUCAAAGAGCCUGAAGAGUAACGAUGAAGAAGACGAAAUGAAAUGGAUGCGCGAGACGCUGCGUAAGCCGACGACCGAUUUGGAGCGAUUUGAUAUCGUCAUAGGAAGCGAGUUAGCGUACGAUGAAAGAAUCAUCCCUCCCUUAAUUUCUGUUAUUGAUAUGUUUACGAAAGAUGAUGGCGGCGUGGUUUUCAUAUCCGUUGUAGAUAGAUACGAGAAGAAAGGGGUCAUGAUUGAGUGCUUCGAGAAUGAAGUGAGAAAAUACGCAAAUCUCGUUUUCGAGAAACGCGUUGAGGAUGGAAAUUUUCACUUGUAUCGAAUCGAAAAGAGAAAUACUCAAUGA